UGCUUUCCAUUCAAUUUCAGGCUGGCCACGCCCACAUCCCUGGGCGUGAGGGAGGUGUGACCAAUCACAAACCAAGAAUUUGCUUAACUGCAUCUGCCGAUGCCUCACAUGACCCUUUUCUACACUUUUAUCUACAACUUUCUUACCCAAGCGCUAUUCUCUGACAGAACCCAGCAGCAGCUGGUGGCAUUUUUUUUAUUAUCCAUCCCAUCUGUGCUGUAUUAUUAUUAUAAUUUAUUUUCAAAGAGAGGAAUUACAUUUGUAUUUUAAACCCAAUUCCAAAUAAUUUGUUUUAGCUUGUUUGCAUUUGGUGUGUGCAAGCAAUGAAACUGUUUAUUGGGAUUUUGUGGAUAUGUUUAGUGAUUGCUGUGUCCCCAGGAGAUUGUUCAAGCCUGGCAGAAGAAGGAUUGUUAAAAGAUGACACCAUUGCCAAUUUGCUGAAGGAUGAGAAUAGUGUGCCCAAUGUGAAGAAACCUCAAGUGAGAUUUAUUGUGGACUUUUCUGCCAACCCUGAAGAAGGUUGUAAUCUCUCUACAGAGCAAGAUGGCUGCUUGGAUAAUUGUCACUACAAUUCAUCUGCAAAAACGUUCUUUGUUAUCCAUGGAUGGACAAUGAGUGGGCUUUUCGAGAGCUGGUUGCACAGUUUAGUAGUUGCAUUACAUGAGAGGGAGAAGGACGCCAACAUCAUAGUGGUUGACUGGAUGUCACUAGCUCAUCAACUUUACCCUGAUGCAGUGAAUCAUACGAAGGUUGUUGGAAAGCACAUUGCACAACUCCUUGAUUGGUUACAGGAAAGGGGAAAUAUAUCUCUUGAAAAUGUUCAUCUUAUCGGCUACAGUCUCGGAGCACAUGUUGCAGGUUAUGCUGGGAAUUAUGUCAAUGGAACAGUUGGACGCAUUACAGGUUUGGAUCCAGCAGGGCCAAUGUUUGAAGGUGUGGAACCUCAUAAACGCCUCUCACCAGAUGAUGCAAAUUUUGUUGAUGUACUCCAUACCUAUACCAGGGGAGCCUUAGGUGUCAGCAUUGGGAUUCAGAUGCCCAUAGGCCAUAUUGAUAUUUACCCCAAUGGGGGAGAUUAUCAACCUGGUUGUGCCUUAUCUGAUGUCCUAGGUGCAUUAGCAUAUGGAAGCAUUGGGGAUGUAGUGAAGUGUGAACAUGAAAGAUCAGUUCAGUUGUUUGUGGAUUCCCUUAUUAACCAGGACAAAGAGAGCUUUGCGUUCCAGUGCACAGAUUCCACUCGCUUUAAGAGAGGAAUCUGUCUGAGCUGCAGGAAGAACCGUUGCAAUUCUAUUGGCUACAACUCUAAGAAGACAAGAAGCAAAAGAAACGUCAAGAUGUACCUAAAGACCAGGGCACAAAUGCCUUAUAAAGUUUUUCACUAUCAGCUGAAAAUGCACAUCUUCAAGUACCAGGACUCUAUGGAAAAUGAGCCCACAUUUUCUGUUGCUCUUCUAGGAACUAACAAUGACUCUAUACCUCUUUCACUAGCAAUCCCCGAUAGGAUUGGCUACAACUUUACAAACACAUUCCUGGUGUAUACAGAGAACGAUAUUGGGGAUAUUUUGAAAAUAAAGCUGAAGUGGGAAGGUGUUACACAGAGCUGGUACUCGUGGUGGAGUUCUUUCCAGAAUUAUUACUCCUCCAAGAAUGAUGUCUCUGAACGGGAACUGCAUGUCCGACGUAUACGUGUGAAGUCCGGGGAAACCCAGCAAAAGCUUACGUUCUGUCUAGAAAAUCUAAAAGAGUCUCUUAUAAAACCUGGGGGUGAACUUGAGUUUGUCAAAUGUAGAGAUGGCUGGGAACUCAAGAGGCAUAAGAGAGUGAGCUUAUAACGUGACUGGUUAUCAUCUCAGUCUGACAUCACAUGGAUAAAAGUUACGACCAAAUGCUUGUGAACUUAAGUUGUGCAGAAAGUGUUGCCUCCUAAAUCUGAGGCCUAAACUGCUUGUCUAACUGUAGAACUGAGGCACUUCAUUUACAAACUGCCGGGUUAACCUGUAAUUAACUAUUAGCAGAUGGAUUCAAGACCUUAUAACACCCUUUACAAACACCUGUUAACCCUUUGGUGAAAUUCCUGUCGGUUUACAGCUAUGGUCCUCUUCCUAGAUUAAUUUAUUUAUGUAGUGAAUGUCUAAAAUGUAAAUGGAUGCCAUUUUGAGGGCGUGUUAUGUCAUUGUGGUAACAGAAAUUAUUUGUCUACUAUGUAGAAGGGAUUCCUCUGAGCGCAGAGCACUUAUUAUAGGGAAAACUGACCUCUAAAAUGUUGUCAACUCAUCCCUUUAUUUACAUCAGGCAAAAUCUGCUUAUUUUUCUUAUUACAUUCUUCAGAUCUUCUUGCUCCUUUUUACAAUUAUAGCUAAAAAGUACAAGUUUAAAAUAUGUAUAAACCCUUUGCAUAACAAUAUUUGUAUUUAGUUUAGUUAGUCUACUGCUGUUUUCAAACAUAUAACAUUGUCAGUAUUUAAUUUUAUGGGCUUUCUCCAUUUUGUUUGGAAUGUAUCCAGCACAUGCCAUACUGCUGCUCUGCAAUAGCUAUUUCCAGCAACUGCCAGUGAUAUUUCAAUACUUGUGAAACAUCAUUGUGAGGAUUUUAUUGCACUGACUUAUGUCUCAUGUCUAAGCUGCUAUUAACAUAUGGUCUAAGAAAAUCCAACCUACAAGAGCAUUUUGUAUAAAAUUUCACAUUAUCCUUAAAAUUCUGUAUUUUAAAAUAGAUCUGAUUUCAAUCUGCUUAAAGGCAGAAAUAUACAGUACUAAAUCUUGUUUAUCUCCUGUGUUAUUUAGUUUUAAUAAAUCAAAACCUUUUUUUUCCCAAGACUUUUUGAGUGAAGUCCAUACAACGGACUAGAUCAUAUUCCAGUUGUAAAUUUAACUAGUAGUAAGCACACCAAUAUUCACAGGGGAUUUGUUUUUAUCCCAUCAGUUAAUAUGCUCUAAACCAGUAUUGACUUAAAACCAAUUUCUGGUACGAAAGGACCUUUUUCUUGGAAUAUACUACUUUUUAUACUGGCACAUUUUUUAAAAUGUUUUAUCAAUGAAGAAAGUUAUUUGUAAACUUACAUGACCUUUUGGUUUAUUCUGUAUAUGUCUUUUUGAAGUUUUAGAAAUGAGCUUUGUUAAAGUUCUACAGAGUUUGUAUGUUUAAACUGACCUGAAACCCACUUUUUUUUCUUUUUUUUUCUUUCAUGAUUCAAAAAGAGCAUGUCAUUUUAAACAACUUUUCACUUUACUUGUAUUAUCUAAAUUGCUUCAUUCACUUGAUAUCAUUUGUUGAAAAGGAUAUCUAAAUAGGCUUGGGUUUCAUGUCCCUUUAAACACUAAACAGAAACUCUCUUAAUAUCCUGGCAUUUAGUUUCCUGUUUUGUGUUAACCAAUGGAAGAAACAAAUUUUUUUUUUUUUUUAUAAAUCUAAAAUAAAUUAUGAAAAAAAGGCUAAAAAUCAUUGUAAUGUUAAAAAGAGACCAGAAGAUUUUGUUUUAUGUAAAAAGGGACAUUUGUGGCAGAGGCUGCUGCUAAACCAUUCAUUUAGACUAAUCUGGAGUAUAUCUGAUGCAUAAGGACUUAUUGUUUGAGUAUUGCCCUUUUUAACCUCUUAAGGACAUAUGACGGAAUUUUUCCAUCAUAAAACAAUUGAGCAAACUGAAAGCUGUGUCCUUAAAGGGUUAAACAGCUUGCUGAUCACUAGACAAUGGUCAGUACGAGGGGAUAGAUUCUACUGGAUUUUUGUAACUUUUCUCUUAUGGGUCAGAUAUCACAAUGAAAAGAUCUCUUUUUAAUGAAUGGGAAUGUUUGCUGCAAAUCCAAAAUAUGUGCAGUUUUCCCCUUGACCAGGUAAAGUUUAUGAAUGGGCCUUAACCAAUUAAUUUAGUUUUUUUUUUUUUUAUUUUUUUUUUUUUUUUAUUAUUUUAAUUGGUCAAAAGGCUUUAUAUAUAUAUAUAUAUAAUGUCUCUGAAAUGUCAUCUGUUACUAAAUGUGAUAUUUAUGCCUGUAUGUGUAUAAAGAAUGUUGUAUGUGUGCUUUAUUUAUUGCAAUUUGUAAAUGAGAUUAUUUUGUAAUAGUUUUUUUUGGAAAAACAAAAAUAAAGAACUAAAUUUCAGAA